CGUCCCUCGAGCCAUGUAGGAGAGGCGCGUCAUCAGAGCGCGCGGUGCUUUCAGCGAGGAGGUGGCAGAUGCCUCUUCGAAACAAACAGUCAGCUGUCGUCUGCUUACGAGCUGUUUUCCCUCUCGUACCGCUGAAGAGCAGCUGUUGGGAUGCCAAAGAAGUUCCAGGGUGAGAACUCCAAGGCGGCCACAGCCAAAGCCCGCAAGGCCGAGGCCAAGGCAGUGGCAGACGCCCGCAAGAAGCAGCAGGAAGAGGAUGCUCUGUGGCAGGAAACUGACAAACAUGUACUCAAAAAAGAGCAGAGAAAGGACGACAAGGAGAAGAAGAGGCUUGAGAUUCUGGAGAGGAAAAAGGAAAACCAGCGACUUCUGGAUGAGGAAAGUGCAAGGAUCAGAGGAAGAGCCCAGAAGGAGGCCGCAUCAGGAGGAAAGGUGACUCGUGCCCAGAUCGAGGAGCUGCUUCAGAACGAGCAGCUUGAACAGGAGCAAGAGAAAAUCAAGCCGAAAGAGAGCCACCUAGAUAUUCCACUGGAGGAGAACGUGAACAGAAUUGUCCCUGAGGAAGGAACUGUGGAAGCAAGAACAAUAGAGGAUGCCAUCGCUAUGCUCAGCACGGGCCCUGAGGAAUUAGACCACCACCCAGAGCGGAGGAUGAAAGCAGCAUUUGCUGCCUAUGAGGAGGCCAACAUGCCUCGUCUAAAGCAAGAGAACCCCAACAUGAGGUUGUCGCAGCUGAAGCAACAGCUAAAGAAGGAGUGGAUGAAGUCGCCGGAGAACCCCCUGAACCAACGCUUUGCCGCCUACAACUCAAAGUGAAUGCACUCUGCCCACCCCCAUAAUUCCAUUUGAAAACUGUCUGCCUAUGCACAUUGGAGACAUCCAUUGAAAAAUGUAUAAAUGUCAUGUAACAAUGAGUGUUGCUAACGAGAGCUUCACUCACCCAGAAACAAUCUCUUCAGUGCUAGAGGACUUCUGCUUUGUUAGUCCAUUCACAAGAAAGAAGAAGCUCAUUUUCAACUGAUCAUCUCUCUGUGCACGCGGCCUCCAAUGAGGCAUACCUAAAAAAAAUUAAUUACAUUUAAUUCCUUUUUUUUCUAGCACUUUUGGGGAGGUGGGAAACCAGAUGUUUUGAGAAGUAACUUAUUAAAGUUCACCGCUCAAUCAUCAGCAUCUCUUGUUGGUUUUAAAU